AUGGAUCACAACGGCCAAGCUCUAAUGUGUUUUCAAAUCAUCAUCGCAGACUCCAUAAUGGUUUGGCGCCUAUGGGUCAUAUACGAACGGUCCCUCUUGGCAUCUGUAAUACCCACCCUGCUGUGGGCAGGAGGACUGGUCAUCACCAUCUGGACCGUCUACCUUCGAAUCCACGUCGCAUACCGGCCAGGAGCCACCGAGGAGGACUAUCCUCCCGAAUUGCACGCCAUCUGCAUGGCCCUUUGGGCAUUGACAAUCUCUCUCAACCUCUACACCACUUCUGCGAUCGUCCUGCGUAUCUGGCGCGCAGAUAGAGAGACCAAGGCUUGCCUCCGAGCUUCCCAAUUCAACAGGGAUAUCCAGCCACCUUCGUAUCUCAAGCAAACGAUGAAGAUCGUAAUCGAGUCGGGACUGAUACACUCUGCUGUGACCGUGUCCGUAUUUAUCUGCUUAGCGCUCAGGACGAAUGCGUCGUACAUAACCACAGCCAUCGACAUCAUCGUCAUAGGAAUCACCUUCAACCUCAUCGUCCUGAGGGUAGCAUCUAGGCGAUUGAGAGAAAGCCAUGCGAAGCAAAGUUCCGUGGAUUUUGUGACGUCGUCUACUCUAAACGGCUACUUAGCGGAAACUGGGAGUUGUGCGAGCUCACUGAGGAGCAGGGACGGUCCGAUACAGAGCCCCAGUAUCGGUGAUGGUCGACCAGUUGUUCACAUUGACCCGCUGGAUGGGCAAGAAAGGCAACCACAACCACAUGUCUGA